AGGUAAUUAUUCCUGUAGAUGUCGCUUCGAAUGCGGAACUGUCCUAAUUACAGGAUGUAAAAAGACUGAAAGAAGAAAGUAUCAAUGGUUGGUGAAAACAUGAGGAUUAUUAUUGUCCCAAGUAUCCUGCUUCACAUCCUCACUGCAGUCUAUGCAGCGGAAUACAACGUGGACAUGGAGAAUACGGGAGUGUGUACAAUGGCUGAGCCUGCACAGGUUUCCUCUACAGACAUAUACAAUUUAUUUGCUCAGCCGGCGCAAAGUAUUGAAGGCUUAAGAGAUCGAUGCACUGUAAAGCUUGUUGGGACUGGCGAUCGAAAGUUCAAGUUUUUCAUCAGAGACCUUCAGUUUUUGGAAUGUGGAAUCAAGGUCAAGAUUUACGACGGCGACAUGAACUUGAAUCAAGCCAGGUUUGAGUUUGGCUGCAAUGACUCCCCAGGUCAGGUGGUGACAUCAUUCACAAAUAGAGUAGCAGUGAGCCUGGAAAAGGCCGACGCAUCACGGACAGGCUAUAAGUUCUACGUGAGAGUGGCUACUUCUGAUGGCCCAGAUAUUACUGAAGCAAGACCUAGGGGUGUCAUCCCUGGCAGCGAGGGCCUUAGUACUGGUAUUAUUGCCGGCAUUGCAGUAGGAUGUGUCCUGGUUGUUCUUGUUCUAGUCGCUGUUGCCAUCUACUGUAUCAAGAUCUAUCGAGAUAAAAAGGAUGAGCAGAUAGCAAAGGCUUAUUCCAUGAACUCCUUACUACCUUCAGCUGCAAGCCUUAAUAAACCAAGCCGGGGCAGUAGUGUACAUAGUAGUGUCCACAUCAGUAAACACAGUACCCACAAUUCUGCACUUGCCUAUCCUGCCCUACGCAACACAAUUUCUGCCCAGCAUGGCAAGUGUCAAUCCAUUGACACAAGAAGUUACGACAGUGAAGCGGUCGAUUCUGCUCCUAAGCCGAUAAAGAACGUUACGCAUGAGUUUGAUUCAAUGAAACGAGGGAUAGAUAGAGAUGAGAGGCGAGACAUACAAAAGGAGCGAGACAUGUAUGAGCAUGAGAUGAGAUGGAAAGAAGCUAAGAAAGUGGAUCGUGAAAUUCGAUCAGAACCAAGUCGAGGUUUUGGUCGAUCAAAUAGAAGGGAUAGAUCUCUUUUAACUGAAGAUAAUCUUAAGCAGUCUUUGCGACAAGCUAGGAACAAAGGACGUUCUUUAAGUGGACGCCCUGCAAGCGAACAUUCGUAUGACAUCCAUGGUAGUUCCAGGUCAAGGUCAAAACACAAAGGUCAUAGGGAUUACCGGGGGGAAUCACAUUCAGAUUAUAAUUAUUCGGAAAGAUAUGAUGACGAUGAUAGAUAUUCUGAUAGAGACAGAUCGCGCAGUAGAACAAAAAGCCAGUCUUCAGGAAGAGGUCAAAGGUCAGCAUCAGCAGGGUCUUUGUCAAGACGACGGAAAAAUUAUGAUGAUUAUGACCACCAAAGUGAUUAUGAACACAGAAGACAUCAUAGUAAGGAUAGGUUAGAGAGGGAUUAUAGAGACAGUGCAAGUCAUAGGUCGGGAACACAGAGGUCAAGGUCACAUUCUUAUAGUAAUGGAAGGAAGCAUAGAUAAUGUCAUAAUUGAUGUUGUGUUUUGUCUGGGGGGUUUUGAGUAGUACAACUAUUGUCAUGUAUUGUUUUAGUGUUUAUUGGCAGCGUGAAUGUUUUAUCAUUCCUAGUUAUAACAUGAAACUUUGUAAUGUAUUGUAACAAAGAAAGAUGCAUAAAAAGCAAUAAUUUCAUUGCUAUUUGCUGAUUGUGAAAUAUUGUAUAAUUGAUUCGUAUAAGGCUAUUUCAUGAACAAAAUUUAUUUUGUUAGUGUCGUUUAAUUGUGUUUUGUUUAACCAUUAUAAAAUUAUUUCAAAUGUUAAAUCAAAAUCAUUACUAGUGUUUACUAGUAAAAAUAUAUGAUAUUUAUUUUGACUUGAAUUACACAUGAACUGCAUAGUCAUUGUACUUUUAUAAAGAAAUGGGAAAUAGGACACUUUUGAGCAUAUUUGAUUACCCUGCAAAUUCAUUGUGCUAUUAAUAAAGUAAUCUGACAUCAUUGCUAUUUUAGUAUGAUUAUUUUUACAAUCUGUCUAUGUCUAUAUUAUAAUGUUAACAUAUACUUAACAAUAGCAAAAAGUGUGAUUUUCCUAUGACAAAAAUGAUCAUAUACUGAUAUGAAAUUGCAUUUUAGAUGUACCAGAAGGCCUUAGCAUAAUAAUAAAACUAAAGUAUAAUUAAGAAACAAAACAUAAAUAAAUGAACUGCAAAAUCUUUGAUAUGCAAACUCAUCAACUAUACACACAUUGUGUUCAGUGAAGCCUUUAUAUAUAAGUAAUGGGUGUGUUAAACAGUCUUGGAGAUCCAGACUGCUUGUGGUCAUCUGCUUGGCCAUUGCUGCCAAAAUUCAGGAUUGUGGAAUGUGACCAAAAUGGGAAUAUGCUGGCCACAUGGUGUAGAGUUAUGGAUGACAAGAUGAAGUUUAGUUACAUCACUUGUCACUUUAGUCACAAGUUUAAGUUAUGAAGAUGUAUAUCGAUUCGGUGGAUCGGUUCGGUGAAUCGGUUCGUGUGGAUCGUUAUUAGUCGUGGAUCGGUGUUAUUAGUCGUAUGCAUGGCAAGUGGAAGUCUGAAGUGUCUACUUCAAAGAUCACACACUUAGAUCUCCAGUAGUAAUGGGCACGGCCAAGUCGUUGGCUGUGAUCAUUACUAUUUUUACCUAUAGUUUAAAGCCUUGACUUUUCAUAACGAUAAUUGUAAUAACGGUAUACAUAUAAAAACAGUUAUGCGCCGCCAAAAUAGUUGCUAAAGAACUUCAGCAAACACAUUAUGUAUUAUCUUUUGGGACAUGUUGUGUAGUAAACAUCUAAACAAUCAAUAAAAUUAAAAACAAUAAAGUUAUGGAGGCCAGAACUAACAAGAUAGUAUUCCUUGGAGAAGGAAAUGAUGAAUUUUCAGAGAAAACAUUGAGGUAUUGUCACAGCUUUGGUGUUGCCAGCAGCAUGUCAAUGUCAUUGCAAAUAUUAUUUCAAAAUCAUUUAAGUUCUUAUGUAACUCAGAACAAUUGUUCUAUGACAAAUACCCAAAUUAUGUCAGAGUCUUAGCAAUGUCAAUAACCUUGCUUCUAAUAUUUCUUCAGUUUUGACUAAGACAUCCUCCGCUCUUAUUUAAGUUUUUAGAAAUAACUUCUUACUUGCUAAUUUUUUUUGACACCUUCGAAGCAUUGCAGACACAUAAAACUAUAACCCCUGUUUCAAAACCUCUUAUGUAUAAUAUGUUUUAACAAUACUCUCCAACGACAUUGACAUUGGUGUCAUACUUUUGUUUUUCCGGUCAAUACCCUUUGAAAAUAAAAGUAUACAGUCUUCAGACUUGGUACUAUGUACAUUGUUUAUGGUGCAUGACACCUAAUAAGCAAACAGUUCGGGUUGUUUGGUCAAAUAUCCAGGUCAUGGUGACAUUAAAUUGAAAAAAAUACUGUCACUCUUAUUUCUAAUCAAUCACUUUUGAACAAUUUGGUAUACACUUUUUAAAGUGGUAUUCACAUUUUUCAUGGUCAGUAAAUGACCCCUAUUGAUGUAAGUGCCAAUGUAGGUAAAAAACCAAGGUCUUGGUGACCUUAACUAAGGAAAUAUAGGCGCUCCUGACAAGACAGUUUAUGAGUUCUAGUUUAAACUUACUUAUCAAAAUCAUGCUUUUAAAUCAAUAGUGUUAAGUGCGUCAAAAAGGGAAGAAACUCCAGUCAAACUAAUUUUUCUUUAGAACUGAGUUAUGCUGACAACUGAGGGAAUAGUUUUGACUGACAAUUAAAUAAUACCUAAUACAUAAAAAACUUCACUGCAAAUAUAAUGCUGCACUCUCAAGAGUUAUCAUUGAUCAGGUCCGGUCAAUUAGUUACCGUAUUAACUUUGACAUUCCAAAUUGUAGUCUGACAUAUCCAAACUUUGUUUUGCAAAUGAAAUUGUUUUGAGGUUGUUAAUUUUUUAUUUGUUUGAAUUUUUUACAUCAUAAUAUUUUUGAAUAUGAUUAUUUGUUGAAUGUAUAAAACGAAGUUGAAUUUGCAUAGCAUAAUUAAAAUUGCUAUUAUUCUGCAUUUCUGUUUUUCCAAUAUAAGGCAUUUAACAUAGUGUCAACUCUUUUAGGAAAAUCAGUUAUUUUCUUAAGCCAAUGUAUUUUUAUCAAAAUCGUUACUUAGCUGUAUUAGUUUUAGACUUGCAUAUCAAAGCUAUGUUUUGUACAUUUAUUUAAAUGGUAAUAGGAAUAGGUUUGUGUUUUUGUUUUAAUUGUUAGACAUUUUUUUUACACAUCAUAAACUUUUCAAGUAAGAUACUGUGUUUGAUGUAUAAAAAAUUGCACAUUUGAAAACAUAGUAUUCCACAUGUCUGUGUUUUACUUUAAUGUUAGAGCAUAGAGGUCUCAGGUAUUUAAAAGGUAGUGACUUUUUUUGCUGAAAAUUGGUUCUUUUCUUCAAGCCCUUGUAUUUGAAAUGAAGUCUGCUACUUUUUGUUCCUUGUUUAGUUAAAAUUCAUUUUCCAAACAAUGUAUGUAUUAAAUAUGACCAUAAGAUGUUUGUAAGUCAGUUGCUACUUGAGAGUAAUUGUUUACACAUACAUUACAGUGGCUUUGAUACACCGGGGAAAUAGUUCCUCAACCCUGUUUUGACCUUCAAUCCAUAAAACUGAAACUUCAUUUUCAGAAUUGGGAAUUUUGGUCCAUUAUCAUCCCUGAUUUUUCACUAAAACAAUACAUUCAACUGGAGGCUUCUUUCCAUUUUCUGACUGCUGGCUUGAUGGUAGUAUUUGCAGUCAUAACAUCAUAAUAUUAAGCAGGACCAGUAAAUGAAACAUCUUAGGUCAUUUCUUAACUAAGUCAGUUUCAUAAAAUUUUCAAAGCCAAAUUAGGAUAAAAGUGUUUUAAACAAAAAUGAAUGUAUAUAUUACUGAAGAAUUAUAAAAAUUAAGUAUUUGAUACAUUACAUAGGUUAAGUUUUUAUAUCAUAUGACCAGUGAGAUACUUGAUUGAUAAUUAUUAUUUUUAUUCUUCUUAUGAAUUUCUUUUUAAAUUAACUUGUGAAAUGAUAUGAGGUUGUAAACAUUUAGUAAUCUUUGUUGUCAGUUUUCACCCCAUAAGUUCACAAAAACAAUGCUUGAUGAAAGAGGAAACAAUACCAUUUAAAUUAUUCUAUGUAUUAUUUAAGUUAGCAUAAAGUGCAAUAAUCUAAAGUUUUGAUUUAUGAUAUUGGUGGCAAUUUUUUUACCUUUCCUGAACAUAUCACUUUGUUAAUGGUUGUUUAUAAGCAUUUACAAUUGUUAAAAUACCUAUAUACCAUUGUUAAUGCAUAUCAUGACAUAAUAUAUGGCAGUUUUGGUGUUUAGGUUGUAGAAAUGUUUAAGCUUCACAUGUGUUAUUAACCUUUUAAUUAUUUUUGUAUUACUUUUGAUAAUAAAAUGAAAUGAUAAAAUAAAAAUAAUGACAAAUAUUU